AUGACUUUGAAAUCGAAUAUCAGAAGACGACAGAGUUUGGACAAGCUGACGUCUUGUCCAAACAAUAUAUUCAGCCUGAUCCCUCCAAGACCGGCUCAGACUGAAUAUAUUGUGAUAGCCAAAAUUGAACAGGAUAUUCUUGGUGUUCAGAGUGCUGCUGUGAAAGCACUGCCCGUGACCAGGAAAACUAUUGAAGAAGAGUCAAGGAAGGAUGAAAGGGUAUCGCAGGUCAUAUGGAUGCUGCAGACAGGAACAUGGCCAAGCAAGCCUAAAGAACAAGUCAACAGCUGGAAGGCUCUGAGCCACGAAUUGUCAGUUCAGAACGGAUGCCUGUAUUUUGGCCACAGAAUCGUCGUGCCAGCCUCACUUCAAGAAGCAGUUUUGAAGCAACUGCAUGAAGGACAUCCAGGAAUGGCAAGAAUGAAGAUGCUUGCCCGAGGAUAUGUGUACUGGACGAACAUCAACAGGGACAUCGAAGAAGCUGUACGCCACUGCCGUAACAAUCAAGAAGCUGCGAAGAUGCCAAAGAAGACAGUCCUCAAUUCUUGGACCACUAAGAAGAAACCGUGGGACAGAAUUCAUAUCGACUAUGCGGGACCACUGAAUGGUAGGAUGUACCUUGUGGUAGUGGAUGCGUAUUCGAAGUGGCCAGAAGUCUUUGAGAUGUCGACGUAA